AGACACCGUACACAAUGCACUCAGUGCAUGCACCAGGAUGAAGGGAGGACAUGUGCAAGAGAAGUCGCUAGUAGUGUUACCAUAUGAUUGUGCUCGUUUCUCGUUUGUACCUGGACGUACGUGCUCAUCUCAGAUGUAUUAAAACAUCACGUGGGAGUGGAACAGCACAUUUGAAGUCAGCUCAUUGGCCCAAAAGUCUAUGAGUGUGGCUUUCCCGUGUUGUGAUCUGACAUCAUGGAAGACGACGAUACUCUCUUCGAUCAGAAGCUCAAGAAUGACGAUGUCAGUCUCGUCAUUGGUGCCCCCGGAGCCUUCACUUUGAAGCGGGUGGUGGAAAUAUUUGAGAAAUCCUCAAUUCACCGAGCACAACAUGCUGCUUUGGAUUCUGCCAGUGGCAAUGGAGCUAUUUUUGAGUAUGGUCCUCGAGCGGGUUACAAGCCGUUCCUUGAGGUCCUCACCGAGUUCCUCACCGAGGAGUACCAGAGCCCCGUGGAUCGAAUGGACUUGCUCCUGACCCCUGGAGCCACUGUAGGACUUUGGCUGGCAGCCACGGCGCUCCUGCCUCCGGGUAAAGGCGUUGUUUUCAUGGAGUGCCCAUCCUACUUCAUCGCGUUGUCCAUUGUGGAGAAAGAUCUGGGACAUAAGCCCGUGGCUGUGUCCAUGGCCAAAGAUGGAACCGGAGUGGAUACAGACGAGCUGGAAAAGCUCAUGGCCAGAGAGUACGCCCAACGCUCGGAAGUCCCAGCGGGAAAAUUUUGGGCCAUGUAUUAUACCAUCCCGACGUUCCAUAAUCCAACGGGCGUGGUUUUCUCCCCCGAGCGCUCAAAGCGAGUGAUCCAAUUGGCUCGGAAGUACGAUGUGCUCGUGUUUUGCGAUGAUGUCUACAACCUCCUUCACUAUGGAGAGGGCUCUCAAUCACCCAAGCGAUUGUAUGCUUAUGAUGAUAAGUCGGAUCCCGACUACAAGGGUCACGUUAUUUCCAAUGGCUCCUUCUCCAAGAUUCUGGGACCCGGUUUCCGAAUCGGGUGGAUCGAGUGCUGUCGGGAAAUCCGAGAUCGACUCAAGGAUACCGGCAUCAUUGACAGUGGAGGCUCCAUGAAUAACGUCAUGGCGGGCGUGGUGGCCUCGGCCAUCACUUUGGGAUAUCAAAAGAAGCAUUUGGAGUUCCUUCGGAAGGAGUAUUUCCAGCGCAUCCACACCAUUUAUGAGGUCUUUGACAAAGAGUUGCCGGCGGGAUUCUGCUCGGUCAAACCCAAGGGCGGGUACUUUAUUUGGGUGAAUGGUCCCAGUGCGUGGAACUCGGAGAGCUUUGUCCAGUUCUGCCAAUCCAAGUACCAAGUGGGCGUGCUUCCUAGCGUGAGAUGCGGGAAAUUAGAGUCCGGACCCAUCACCAAUGCUCUUCGGAUUAGUUUUGCUUUUUACCAGUGUGAGCAAUUAAAGAACGGAAUCACAAAACUUUGUGCCGCUCUGAAGGAGUAUCUGAUCCAACAUCCAGUUGAAUAAGAUACACUCGAAAACUUGAAUAAAAGCUGUAAUUUUCUACAUCUAAA